AUGGGUUUCAGCGGUUCUUCUCGUUUACUCAAGUUCUACUAUGCAACUACCGUUUUCAUUGCUCUGGUUGUUUCUUUUGGGUUUGUGUUGAGCUCAAAGGGUUGUCCUACUUUGCUUGGAAGGAUUCAUAUGGCUCCCAGAGAAAAAGGAUUUGAAUUAGACCUUGAAAGUGGAGGGAGUACUAGUGAAGAAGAUGCAAGCUUAGAGCUUGUUUCAAGCAAAGGACCAAAAAAGAAAUUCUUGAAUAGUGAUUUGGGUGGGUUACUGAGUUCCAAUGAAUCAGUUGUGUGUACAUGUGGCAUUGAAUCAUCUAGCAGUUCAGAGAAAUCUGGUGAGGUUACAAAUGACAGUGUGGAGUUACUAAUAGAAAGGAAUUCAGAAGUGGAAGAGAAUCAAGGACAUAUGACCCUUGCAGAAAAGACGAGCGAGAAUGAGUGGCGUAGGAAGCCCAACUCUAGGAAUGCUCCUAAGCCACCACGACCUCCUAGAGGUCCAUCACUGGAUGCCGCUGACCAGAAGUUGGUUAGGGAGAUCACUGAGCUGGCCAAGAGAAAGCGUGCACGAAUUGAGCAAAGGAAAGCAGCGAAGAAGAUGAAAGCAUCAAAGUCAUCAUCUUUACAAAGUGGCAUAUCUGCUAUGAUCAUCACAUUACUGUUCUUCUUUGUCAUAAUCUUUCAAGGGAUAAGUUCCAGAAGCGUUCCAAAUGUGAUUAUGCAGGGGUCUCCCGAGCCAGCAGUCCUAUCUGAAGGUUUAGUCGCAGUUCAAUUCUACAAAAGCAGCCUACCCAAUUCUACUUAUCAAGGUGUCGUUGAAGACUAG